UGUUAGGGCUCGUGUCUCCUGCCAGUGCCCCUGUGCUCUUGGCCGCGGCGGCGAGGAGGAUGGACGAAGGCGGGCUUGAUUCCAAUGGCAAGGUCUACGCGAGCAGGGAGGAUAUGUGGAAAGAGGAGGCGGGGAGUGGCGUCGCCGAGAGUCCCAAGAGGAAGGAGUGGUACCAGAAGGGGAUUUCUUACUGGGAGGGUGUAGAUCCGACUGUGGACGGCGUGCUGGGUGGAUUUGGCAAAGUGAGCAACAGGGAUGUGAUUGAUAGCAAUGCUUUUCUCACGGAGUUGCUUAAAGAACGCAUUCUUCCGACUAAAGACAAUAGAAAACUCGUGGCUCUUGAUUGUGGGGCUGGUGUUGGAAGGAUAACCGAGAAUUUGCUCUUGCGGCAUUUUCAUGAGGUGGAUCUAGUCGAGCCGGUCAGGCAUUUUUUAGAUGCUACCAAGAAACGAUUGACCUCCGACGUUCCAGAAAAUGUGCAGCACAAAGCCGUCAACUUCUUCUGCACGCCGCUCCAGGAAUUUACACCCGAGCCUCAUCGAUACGAUGUGAUUUGGGUGCAAUGGUGCAUUGGCCAUCUCACGGACGAUGACUUUGUUGCGUUUUUCCGACGCGCUGACAUUGGUUUGAAACCCGGUGGCUUUUUUGUGCUGAAAGAGAACAUCGCGAGGCAUGGUUUUGUGGUUGACAAACUUGAUAGUAGCGUCACUCGCUCUGAUGCUUAUUUCCGAGACCUUUUUCUGCGCGCUGGUUUCCAUCUAUUAAAAACCAAGUUGCAAAAGGGGUUCCCUCGUGAAUUGUUCGGAGUGAGAAUGUAUGCAUUGAGCAGUGUUUUGCAAGAAACUGCUGCGCCAAGCUCUGCUUCGAAAGAUGUCCGGGCAUCAAAGGGAGUAGCCAGGCUAAAACCACGAACUUCGAAGAGGUGUAAUUGAUGGAAUGAGAAUGACAUCAUGGAAGCUAAUGUUUAGAUAAAAUGGAGGUGAUCUUAGAAUCAUACAGACUUACAAGCUGGCCUGGUUC